AUGGCCAAAGUCAUGCUCAACUACCUCCUCCUCGCGACAUCGCUGCUGCUGCUGCUUCCCGGGACGGCCGCGGACGGCCAUGGCCAGGACGCGAUUGUCGAGUCGCGCGGCGACAUCCCGGCCAUUGGCCUGGGCACCUGGCUGUCUCCCAAGAAAGAGGUCAAGCACGCGGCCCAGUACGCGCUCGACACGGGCUACACGCACAUUGACGCCGCGCGCGUCUACGGCAAUGAGCGCCAGGUGGGCAAGGGGAUCAAAAAGGCCUCCCUGAAGCGCAAGGACCUCUGGGUCACGAGCAAGCUGUGGAACACGGACCACCGGCACCCGGAGCGCGCUCUCAGGAAGACGCUCAAGGACCUCAAGCUGGAGUACCUGGACCUCUACCUCAUGCACUGGCCCGUCGCCUUCAAAGACGGGUCUACCGUCGACACCCGCCGACCCAUCACGGAGACGUGGAGGGACAUGGAGGCGCUCGUCAAGAGCAACAAGACGCGCUACAUUGGCAUCUCCAACUUUGCCCCGGCCGACGUGGACGCCAUCCUGGCCGUGUGCGAGAUUUGCCCGUACGCGCACGAGCUGGAGACGCACCCGUACCUCCAGCAGCAGGAGUACGUGGACUGGCACACGGCGCGGGGGAUGCGGGUGAUUGCCUACUCGCCGCUUGCCAACCUGAACCCGCACUACGACUCGGGCCUGCCGAGCAUCCUGCACGACCCGUUCUGGGAGCAGAUGGCCGAGAAUAAGAACGCGACGAUCCCGCAGGCGGUCCUGGCCUGGGGUCUGCAGCGGGGCACGGUGGUCAUCCCCAAGAGCGUGCACGAGGAGUACAUCCGGGAGAACCUGGGCGCGUUGAGCAUUGUGUACGGCGAGGAGGAGAUGAUGCAGAUUGCGGCGCAGGAUCGAAAGGUGAGGAUGAACAAUCCCGGACGGGAAUGGGGCGUGGACUUGUUUGACGGGCUGGAUGAUCCCACGGUGCCGAAGCGGGAGGAUGAGCUGUAG